AGCUGAUAACCAGGUUGCUGGAGAGCUCACUUGAGAGAGGACCUUUCACAGAGUAAAAGCAGGAGGUGGGGACAAUGUGGGAGGGCACUAUAAUCACCCAGUAAGAGGACAGGCUGAGCCGCUGAGGUGACACUGAUCCAAUGGGGGUCAGGUCAGGUACCAGAGAAGCUGGAAAGGACUUUUCCUGUCGAGAACUUUUUUCCUUGCUAUUUUACGUGCUAAAUACAACACCCAAACAAAACUGUGGAGGCUCCAAGGGGUCGCAUUUUCUUCCACGUCUUCUGUCCUCUGCGGACUUGCGGGCUUGCACGCCGCGCUCAGGGGCGUCCAGGCGCCGGGUGAUCUCCGCGCCGCCGCCAGGCUCGGGCUCUCGCUCCGACCCGAGCUCCCGCCGCGGCGUCCUCCGGGCGCCCGCUCCCCGCGCCCCGCUCCCCGCGCCCGCUCGCACACUUCAGCCUCCCGCCCCGAGCGCGGGGGCGCUGGGCCUCGCGCUGACCCCUCCCCCGGCGAGCUUCCUGGAAGUGCCCCGCUGUCGCCUCCCCCAAGCGGCGGGCGGGGUGGGCGCCCUGCUGGCUGAAGCCGCCCUCCCGCCGGGCUGCAGCUCCGCCCGCCGCCUCGGCUCGGUCUCGCUCGCCGCCUCCGCGAUGAGGGUCCCGGGGGCGCGCUGCGGGGCGCUGCUGGCCUGCCUGGCCCUCCUGCUGUGCCAGUGGUAA